AUGCGUGUAGUAAGUGCAGGUAUGUCGGGGGACGGUAGUGGCGGUGGUGGGUCGGCGGUGGCCCUAGUGACCGGAGGCUAUGAUCAUACAAUCAAGUUAUGGCAAGCACACAGUGGCGUCUGUUUACGGACCAUGCAGCACCCUGAUUCCCAAGUGAAUGGGCUAGAGAUAUCUCCAACUGGACAGAUGGUAGCAGCGUGCGGCUACCAGCACAUUCGCAUGUAUGACUUAGCCAGUGCCAACCCAGACCCUGUUGUCAAUUUUGAGGGAAUUACGAAGAAUGUUGCCAGAGUUGGAUUUCAAAAAAAUGACCUUUGGAUGUACACCGGUGGUGAAGAUUGGACAGCUAGGAUAUGGGAUCCAAGGGCUGCACCACAGUUCCGUUGCACAAAGAUAUUCCAAGUGCAAGCUCCUGUUAAUACUGUUACAUUGCAUCCCGAUCAGACACAGAUUAUGGUUGGCGACCAAAGUGGCAUAAUACACAUGUGGGACCUUCGGACUGAUCAGAAUGAACAGUUGAUACCAGACGCUGAAGCGUCAAUCCAGGAUAUAGCAAUUGACCCAGAAGGCAAGAUGAUGGCUGCAGUGAACAACAAGGGCAACUGCUAUGUGUGGUCACUGGGAGGCGCAGCCCCACAUCCCGUACCACUCAAACACAUUGUUGCACAUUCUAAAUAUGCUCUCAGAUGCAAGUUCAGCCUUGAUUCUACAAUGCUUGUGACGACGUCUGGCGAUUGUUCAGCUAAAGUGUGGCGGACCAGCGACUGGACACUGUUACGGGAACUGCGCAAUGAUACACAACGGUGGGUGUGGGAUGCAGCCUUCAGUAUCGACUCGCGAUACCUUUUCACGGGUUCCUCAGACAGUUACGCCCGACUCUGGGACGUUGAAAAGGGCACCCUAGAGAGAGAAUAUUGUGGACAUCAGAAAGCCAUCACUGCUCUUGCCUUCAGAGACCAGGCAGUUUAA